AUGGAGGAGAGAUAUGAGCCAUUGAAGAGCUCGGGUUUGGAAAUUUUGUUGCAGUCAAAUACAUGGGAAGGGGAAGAAGAUUUCAGAUGUUUGGUCCUGUGGUGUGACGCUCUGUGUGAUGUUGGUGGUGCCUACCCUUUUGAGGAUCCAGAAGAUCCUAGAAUUUUUGUUUGUGUUAACAUGGGCGCCUGGUCAGAAUUGAACGAGGACCUUUUGAUCGAAAUUAUCAAGCGGCUAACGUUGUAUGAGGAUCUCGUUACCUUCAGUUUGGUUUGUACUUCAUGGCUAUCGGUUGCUGUAAAGGAGAAGCCCAGAUUUUUAUCUAAACCUCCAUGGCUGAUGCUACCACCAGAAAAGCCCAACACUUGCCGACGAGGUUUUUACAGUUUCUCAGAUAAUAUGACUCGCCAAGUUAUGAUACCGGAAGCAGAAGGAAGCAAUAAACGAGCUAAAAGAUGUCUUUCUUCUGGAGGUUGGAUACUAACAAUCUCCAAACGUUGGAGUAUGGCUCUUUUGCAUCCUUUCUCACGACGUCAAAUUGAAUUGCCGCACAUGACCACUUUCAAAAAUUGGGAUUAUCUUUCUUCUGUUCUUUAUAGGCCACAUAUUAGUUUUAUCACCAAGUUUGUUUUAUCAUCCAAUCCUUUCAGUACAUCAGAUUACAUAGUAAUGGUUCUUCAUGGAUCUAAAAGAGAGUUGGCAUAUUGUAAGCCCGGUGAAGGUGAUAAAUCAUGGACAACAAUUGAAACGUCCGCUUCUUAUAAUCAUGAUGUUACUUACUACAAUGGGCUAUUUUAUGUUAUAAAAGACACUGGUCAAAUGACGGCAUGUGAUAUCAGAAGUGACAUGGCAGAACAAGUUGCAGAGAUGCCAUCUGAUUAUUUAAAAUAUCCAUUGUGCUUAUACUUGGUGGAAUCAGGAGGCGAACUGUUAGUCGUUUCACGAGUAGUAGAACGUGAAGACAUAAGUAAAAGACGGAGUACUUAUAGAACCAGUGAAUUUCUGGUUUUCAAGGUGGAUUUGAGAAGUAAUACUUGGACAGAGAUGAAGAAUUUGGGGAAUAGAGCUGUGUUUGUGGGUUAUAAUUCUUCGUUUUCUAUUGAAGCAAUGCUCUGCAAAUCUAAUUGCAUUUACUUUACUGAUGAUAGCUGGGAAAUUUAUACUGAUCUCACUUCCCAUGGAGGAGGAAAGGAUAUGGGAAUUUAUAACCUCCAAGAUGGAAGCAUUGAACCGCAUUUUAGGGGCAACUCCUAUAGCUUUAUGAAUCCACCUAUGUGGGUUCAACCUAGUUUCUUUAGAAAAAAAUAA